GGAGCCGGCGCUAGGCUGUACAAGACAAAGUCCCAAGCUUGUGUCUCAUUCGAGUCGGAACACCGUCCGACUCUGCUCAUAUCAUUGCCACUACCACCAUCCCAUAAAAAAUAAACUAUCCCUUCUGAGAUCUCCACGCCAUGGGUCGAAUCCGUCGGCUCCUCAGGGACGUUGUUGGUGACACGACGAAUCCCAAUAAGCCCCAAAGCACCGACGCCGGGUCUGCCUCUGGCGAUAGACCAGACGAUCCGUAUCGGGGGUCAGCAAAACCUCUCACUGGCAUACACUCCCCGAAUCGCCCGUCGGGGCAGCCGUCAACGAAUCAGUACACUGCCCCGGGUUAUGCCGGCUUAUCACGCGAUGGGCUGCCCCCGGGGAGACCCUUGGAGGGCAACUACGGCGACGGCGUAGGUCCUAGUCCGGCUUCAUAUCCAGAGGCAUAUCCGGGACGGGGUAUCGGCGGAGCCGGCGACAACAAAAGCAUGCCGCAGCCAGACGGAUACGAGUACCGCACAGGUGGGCGGCAUGCUCAGCCGUACGAUGGCGUUCACCACCAGGCUCAGCACCAGUGUCCACGCCAGACACGAUCGGAAGAGUACGGUCGGGAUUCCAAUGGCCAGCCGCAAUAUUACGCUACAGGUCCACCUCCUGGCACCGUGUACUAUGGCUCUCACGAGGAACAUACCCCUCGGAGGGGUGAAGUUGCACCAGCAGAUGCGUCAGGCCGGAGCCGAGACCGCAGCUCCAGCAGAGACCGCCGAAGUCGCAGGAAGCACCGGCGCAAGAGCAGAGAUAGGCGCCCUGGAGUCAUCUCCCAACUUAGGGACGCCAUCAGCGGAAGCAACCAACAACGGUAAAUACCUAGGUACCCUGGUUCUCGUUGGCUUGGAUUACUUGGUGGGAAUAAUGUGGGCCUCGGCGGGGACGUUGGAUUAUCAUUGGCGCUAGCAGGGUUUAAAAGCAGAUUC